AUGGGGAAAGCUAUCAGUAUGGAUAUCAUGCAAGUCGCCAAGGACGCAUUGGUAUCAAUUGAACAUUUCUUCGAACAGGAUCAAAACUUGGUCGAUUCCUUCCCAAGGCUAGUUAAUAACAAUGUGCCAGUCGUGAUCGCUCUGAACCAUUCCUCGGAGCUACCAAACUUUGGAAUUUCUAAUCUCCUUGAGCAUUCUAUUUUAUUCCAAGGUCCCGAAUUAUCAGACCAUGGCUCCGAAGUGAACUACUUGCCACACUGGCUGGAACAUGGGUUUGAUGUCCAGCAAAUUCCCGAAAGUCUCUUCUGA